ACUGCGACGGAUUCCCGGCCUGGCUGGCUGAAGACGCGACCUCGAGCGCAAACGAAGAUGCGUCCCGCGAAGAGGCUGAGGUUCCGGUUCUCCUCGCCGCAGCUGCUGCUGCUGCUGCUCUGGGCCGCCCCGCGACCUUGCGCAGCGGGCGACGAGGAGGAGGAGGACGCAGGUGUUCCGGGGCACAAAGACCAUCACUGGAGCUACAAAGACAUGCCAGAGUGGGCAUCCAUGUUCCCCGACUGUGAGGGUCACCUGCAGUCUCCCAUCAACAUCAACACAGCUGCUAUCAGCUUCAGCGCCAAGCUGGAGCCCCUGCUACUGUCUGGCUACGAUCUGCCUCCCGAAGAGACGCUUCCCCUGAAGAACAAUGGCCACACCGUUCUUCUAGGUCUGCCCAAGAAAAUGACACUCGGUGGGGGCGGAUUCCCCCAGCCGUACCAAGCAGCCCAGCUGCACCUGCACUGGGGAUCGGGGCACACCCGACCUGGCUCCGAACACACAGUGGAUGGGCACCGUUAUGCGGGUGAGAUCCAUGUGGUCCAUUACAGCUCCCGUUUUGAGAGUUUCCAGGAGGCUGCAAGUGAGCCAGGAGGGUUGGCUGUGCUGGCUGCAUUUCUGCAGGUAGGGAUGGAAACAAACGAACCGUAUCAGCACAUCCUCAAACAUCUGAGCGAUAUCAAGGAGGAAGGAGAGGACACUGCAGUUGCUGGCUUUGAUGUAGCCAAGCUGCUUCCUUAUGACCUUGGCCGCUAUUUCCGCUACAAUGGCUCGCUGACCACCCCACCUUGUUAUCAGACGGUGAACUGGACAGUCUUUAAUCAGACCGUUCGUCUCUCCCAGGAACAGGUUUGUGCUCCGUGGUCCUCCUCUCUUCCUCCUUUGAAUCCUCUGCCCCCUCUGGGUAACCAUGGCUGGCUCUUCUCACUGCAGAUCUCGGUGCUGGAGGAGACCCUUCAAGGAGACGACGAGGAGCCCAUCCAGAAUAACUUCCGUCUGCUGCAGGGCCUUUAUGGCCGGACCGUCCUUUCCAGUUUUCACAGCCUUGAGAAAGUUCAGCCAACAGGUGGCGGGCCUUUGGAGGAGGGAGGGGGCCAGGCAGAACCUGAAUCAGGCGGAGGUCCCUCCUCUCCUCUGCCAGAGGGCGCCCCAAGAGAUGGCCAUGACCCGGCUUCUGGAAAAGGUGCUGAGCAGCAGGUGGGCACCUCCCUUCACACAGGGGACAUUCUGGCUAUUCUCUUUGGAUCCCUCUUUGCGGCCACGGCGCUUGCCUUUGUCUUCUACGUCCACAAGCACCGGAGGCAGGCAAGCAGACACCGGGCACCAGCCACAAAGCCUGCUGCCCUCUACAUUCCGGCCUCCACUGAUGAGCAUGCACUGUAGCUGGCAGCCCACCCUCUGCCCCUCGCCCUGGGAGCUCCUUCCUGCCCCAGCCUCUUUGAAGCCCCAUGCGCCCCACCCCUCCCGUGCUAGCAGAUG